CAUGUGCGCCGACAGCGGCAACCUCAUGGCCAUCGCGCAGCAGGUGAUCCAGCAGCAGCAGCAGCACAACCAGCAGCAGCAGCGGCACCACCACCACCACCACCACCUCGCCCCGCCGCCCAUGCCGAUGCCGCCCGCCCCCGCGCCCCCGCACGCGCAGAUCCCGGGCUCGCUGCCGUUCGGGGCCGCCGGGUCCGCGGCCUGGCCCCAGGGAGAGAACUUCUUCUCCGACGUCUUCGGGGCGUCCGCCGCGGAUGCCGUUUUCUCCGACCUCGCCGCCGGCGCGGACUUCGACUCCGACGUGUGGAUGGAGAGCCUCAUAGGCGACGCCCCCGUGUUCCAGGACUCGGACCUCGACCGCCUCAUCUUCACCACCCCGCCCCCGGCCGAGGCCGAGGCGGAGGCCGUCGCGCGGGACGAGAAUGCGCCGGCCGCGCUCCCCCCGGUCGCCGCCACGGCGCAGGCGGCGUGUUCUUCCCCGGGCUCAGCCGACGCGUCCUGCUCCGCCCCCAUCCUCCAGUCCCUCCUCGCCUGCUCCCGCGCCGCGGCGGCCAGCCCAGGCCUCGCCGCCGCGGAGCUCGCCAAGGUCCGCGCCGCGGCCACCGAGUCCGGGGACCCCGCGGAGCGCGUGGCCUUCUACUUCUCCGACGCGCUCGCUCGCCGCCUCGCCUGCGGCGGCGCGGCGCAACUCGAUACGGCGUCCGACGCGCGGCUCGCCUCCGACGAGGUCACGCUCUGCUACAAGACGCUCAACGACGCCUGCCCCUACUCCAAGUUCGCGCACCUCACCGCCAACCAGGCCAUCCUGGAGGCCACGGGCGCGGCGACCAAGAUCCACAUCGUCGACUUCGGCAUCGUGCAGGGCAUCCAGUGGGCGGCGCUCCUCCAGGCGCUGGCCACGCGCCCCGAGGGGAAGCCGUCUCGGAUUCGCAUCUCCGGCGUCCCCUCGCCGUACCUGGGGCCGCACCCCGCGGCGUCCCUGGCCGCCACCAGCGCGCGCCUCCGCGACUUCGCGCAGCUUCUCGGGGUGGACUUCGAGUUUGUCCCGUUGCUCCGGCCGGUGCACGAGCUCGACCGGUCCGACUUCUCGGUCGACCCCGACGAGGUCGUGGCCGUCAACUUCAUGCUCCAGCUCUACCACCUGCUCGGCGACUCCGACGAGCCGGUGCGGCGACUCCUCCGCCUCGCCAAAUCGCUCGGCCCGGCGGUGGUCACCCUCGGGGAGUACGAGGUGAGCCUCAACCGCGCCGGCUUCGUCGACCGAUUCGCCAGCGCGCUCAGCUACUACCGGGCGGUGUUCGAGUCGCUGGACGUGGCGAUGGCGCGGGACUCCGAGGACAGGGCGACGCUGGAGCGGAGCAUGUUCGGGGAGCGCAUCCGCAGGGCCGUCGGGCCGCCCGAGGGCGCCGACAGGACCGACAGGAUGGCCGGCAGCGCCGAGUGGCAGGCGCUCAUGGAGUGGUGCGGCUUCCAGCCCGUCCGCCUCAGCAACUACGCCGAGAGCCAGGCCGAGCUCCUGCUCUGGGACUACGAUGCCAAGUACAAGUAUUCGCUCGUCCAGCUGCCGCCGGCGUUCCUCUCGCUCGCGUGGGAGAAGCGGCCUCUGCUCACCGUCUCCGCCUGGCGGUGACCCCUUCCUUCCGAAAUUAAUUAAUGGUAGCCAGGCUGAAUUUGUCCUUGCGUGAGCUAAUUCGGGGUUUUGUCGUCAAACCCUGGUGAUCUCCAUCGUAGUCGUGCAUUUCCAUUGUAGCCAAUCAAUCAAGGUGACCUCUGUAUUUUUCAUUAGUUGUUUUCUUACAAUGUAUUGACUUGACUGUAACUUGUCAAGCUGUACACUGUAUACUGUAUUUAGCACUGCAAUUGGAGGUUUGCAAAUGUGCAAUUCAGUAGCUGCACAUUUCCUUCGUAGCGAAUCAAUCAAAGCAAACAUAGCGUUGUCAGUUAUGUCUCAGAAAGUAUUAUGUAUAUUACUGUAUAUGUAUAUUAGCAACAAAUGUUUCCAUUCAACUGUUUGCUUUGAUAAAUUAUGUCUUGGAACUAUUUUCUCCCUGGACUUGUAUCUGAAUAAACAUGCUCUAACUUUA